AUGCCGGGUGGCAUGGUCAUGGCUGAUUCUGGUGGCGGUCAGGAAUUCCCCGCUAAGCUCACUUGGCAAGUGCUUGUUUGCACCACCAUAGCUGCAUUUGGUGGCUUCAUGUUUGGCUAUGAUAUUGGAAUUUCAGGGGGAGUAACAUCAAUGGACGAUUUCCUGUUAAAGUUUUUCCCGAAUGUUUACACUAAAAAGCACCACGUGAAAGAAAACAACUACUGCAAAUUCGAUGACGUAUAUCUUCAACUCUUCACGUCCUCCCUCUACCUCGCUGCCAUCGUUGCCAGCGGUCUUGCAUCCGUCUUUUGCAGGAGUUAUGGUCGAAAACUAACAAUGCAAGUUGCCUCUGUCUUCUUUUUCUUUGGAGCCCUUUUCAACGUUGGAGCCUUGAACCUCCCUAUGUUGAUUAUUGGAAGGCUUUUUCUUGGGGCUGGUGUCGGAGCCGGUAACCAGGCAGUACCACUAUUCAUAUCUGAAAUUGCACCAGCAAAAUAUAGAGGAGGACUCAAUAUUUGCUUUCAGUUGCUCAUCACUGUUGGCAUCCUGGUUGCAAAUCUGGUCAAUUAUUUCACUGCAAAUAUAAAAAAAUAUGGUUGGAGGCUUUCUUUGGGUGGUGCUGCUGUACCAGCCGUAAUUCUCCUUGCUGGCUCUCUCAUAAUUGUGGAGACCCCCGCAAGUCUGAUAGAAAGAGGAAAGAAAGAAGAAGGUUUAAAAACUCUAAAGAAAAUCAGGGGUGUAGAUAAUGUUGAGAAAGAGUUUGAAGAAAUCAUUCGAGCAACUGAAUUUGCCAAUAGGAUUAAGCACCCUUACAGGGAAGUAUUGAAGCGGCCUACUAUUCCUCCAUUGAUUUGUGGCACCAUUAUUCAUAUUUUCCAGCAGUUUACAGGGAUCAAUGUGGUCAUGUUUUAUGCUCCGGUGUUGUUUCAAACUAUGGGAUUUGGGUCCGAUGCGUCGCUUUUAUCGGCUGUGAUCACCGGUACUGUCAAUUCAUUGUCUACACUUAUUGCUAUCUUCAGUGUAGAUAAAGCUGGAAGGAAAAAACUACUCAUUUAUGGAGCUCUGAUCAUGGUGGCUGCACAGUGCAUAAUUGGGGGAAUUCUGCUUCAGUAUUUGAAAUCAACAAACAAAGUAUCUGGUACCAUAGCCAAACUUGUGGUGGUUUUGAUCUGCGUAUUUGUAAAUGGAUUUGCAUGGUCAUGGGGUCCAUUGGGGUGGCUAAUAUCAAGUGAAAUCUUCCCACUGGAGACUCGAAAUGCCGGUUAUUUCUUUUCCGUUGCCACCAAUAUGCUCUGCACUUUCAUUAUAGCUCAAGCAUUCCUGACCAUGCUUUGCCAUAUGCGAGCUUACAUCUUCUUCUUCUUCGCUGCCUGGCUUGUCACAAUGACCGUUUCAGUCAUAGCCAUGCUCCCUGAGACAAAGGGUAUCCCAAUUGAUGAAAUGCUUGAAAAAGCAUGGAUGCAGCACUGGUUUUGGAAAAGGUUUUACAAGUCAGCUGACAUUGAAAAACCAAAACAAUCAGUCCAGCUUCAGCAAAAGGAAAAGCCAAUCGGUUGA